AUGGAAGAGGACGAAGCUGCUCUGGGCAAGAUGAUGGAGGAGAUCGAGACCAACCUACCUCGAUUCGACCAGUGCAUCAGCUUGCUCCAGGCGGAGAUCGGCGAGAUCAAGGCCGGGAAGCAUGACCACCGCCUGCGCGAGGUAGCUGCCAUGCCCGUCCCAGACCCCAAUCUCCACUCGGCCCUCACAAGCGCCGUCGAGGGCGGGCUGCAGCUCCCGGCGGCGCCCAGGCUUAGCGACAGCGACAGUGAAGGAGGAGAUCGAGAAGAGGAGGAAGGGGGGGGGAGAGGGGAGGAUGAAGAACGAGAGGGCCAAGGUGGGGACGGGCAGGUGGAAGGGGAGAGAGAGGCAGAGGACGAUUCGGCGGCGGGAGGAAAUGGAUCGGGGCGGGGACGGCGUCACCCAGAGCACGAGGAAGGGGAUUCCGGCUCGAAUGCGUCGAUUCGUGCUGCUUGGGCUAGCGGGGCGGCGGACGAUAGCGACGGUAGCGGUAGCAGUGACGAGAGGAAGGCGACCGGUGGCGGCGGGGUGGAUAGAGGUAGUAGCAACGACUCAGCGGGCGGCGCAGCGGCGACACCCGCUGUUGGGGCGCCGGGACCGAAGUCAGGGAAGAAGAAGUCAGGCACGGGCGGCGGUAGGGCCAACCAACAGGGGGAAGACACCGGAAGUAGCGCAAGCAAGCGCGGGCGCAAGCGGCCGAGGGUUGUGGGAGAUGGGUCCGCGGAGCAAUCGGCUCGCGAUAGGAGACCACGCUCGAGAGGGACAGAAGGCGAGGAGCAGGAAGAAGAGGAAGAGAAGCAGGAGAAGGGGGAUGGUAAGAGGGGCGAGGACGGCCUGGAGGAGGAGCAGCGGAAGAAGGAGCGAGCGGACUCCGUGGAUGCUGCCCAUUUCCGCCGAAUCGCGUUGGAAGUGUGGGAUCGAGUGUACAGGCACAAGUUUGCCAUCAUCUUCCGAAAGGCCGUGAACCCAAAGGACGCACCCGGUUACGAGGAGAUCAUCAAGGAGCCCAUGGAUCUCUCUCUCAUCAGGGAGCGCAUCAUGUCAGGCGCCCUCUUGUCGUUGGACGACAUGAGCCGCGAUCUCUGCGUGAUGUGCAACAACGCGAUGGUGUUCAACGGGAAGGACGAUCCAUACUUCGACUACAGCAAGGAGCUACGAACAUACGCGAACGAGGUGAUCGAAGAGGCGAGACGACCAGGCUUUGUCACCGCCGAUCCGGGCUUCGACAGCGUGGUCGCGGGCGCCCGCACGUCCCGCGCUCGACAGCCGGACCACGCUUCCCGGGGCACGAGCGGUGGCAGCUCGUCUCGCGGCAGGGGAGGGCAGAAAGGAGGAGGAGGAGGAUCAAGUAGCGGGCGCAGGAACUCUAGAGAGUCGGACUCGGCGUCGGUGGCGGACGACACCGGCGACGAAAGCGUCAAGAGCGGCCGGCGCGGUGGCGGCGGCGGCGGCAGGACGGUGGUUAGAAAAAAGGGCGGGCGGGGCGGGGCAGGGAGGAAGGGUGGCAAAGCGCAGGCCGCGACGACUAGCAGCGGGGUCGAAAGUGACAGCUCUGGCGAAGACGACGACGAUGACAACAACGACGAGGCAGAACAGAGCUCGAGCGCGAGCGACGGCGGUGGCGGUGGCGGGGGUGCUGCGGAAAGAAAAGAGAGGGCCGGGAAGAAGCGCAGGGCGGUUGGCAAAGGCAAGAAGCGGACGCGGGAGAGCACGGACGAUAGCAGCGAUGACGACCACAGGUUAUUUUGA